UGAUACUCGAGUGUUGACUCCUUUCUCCUCAUUCUUCUCUUCUUCUUCCGGUGAGAUAUUUGGAAAACCAAAGGCGCGAUUUAGCUAGAGGUCUGCACCCCUUUUCUUCGGACGAGCAGAGUUUGCUUCAAGCCAACAUGAGUAGGCCAAUGGAAGAAGAUACCAACCAGGGAAAGACCGAAGAGGAGGAGUUCAACACCGGACCCCUUUCUGUUCUGAUGAUGAGUGUUAAGAACAACACUCAGGUGUUAAUCAACUGCCGCAACAACAGGAAACUCCUUGGCCGUGUUAGGGCUUUCGACAGGCACUGCAACAUGGUUCUCGAAAAUGUCAGAGAAAUGUGGACUGAGGUACCUAAAACUGGAAAAGGAAAGAAGAAAGCUCUCCCCGUCAACAGAGAUCGCUUCAUCAGCAAGAUGUUUCUCCGUGGUGACUCUGUCAUCAUCGUCCUUAGGAAUCCCAAGUAAGAGAGAGAGACCGAGAGAUUGAGAUGUCUGCUCGUACUGUUUUCUUCAUAUGAUAAUUCUUACUUGUUGCAUCCAAGGAGAUACAUCUUUGAUCACGAGUCUUUAACUCUAGUGUUCCCUUGUAUUUUUCAAAUUGUGUUCUGUCGUCUCUUAUGACUAAGACGCAGCGUUGAAUAGUGCCCACUUAACUUUGUGAUUGAGAUGACUGCUCGUAGGUUGCUCUUUAUAUGAUAUUUUCCGCAGCUUCUCGGCA